GCCGCCAUGUUGUGUUAGUUUGUUGUUCUCCGGCGGCGGGAGCGGGACCCGCCGGGAGUUGAGUCCGAGCCUUUCCCCGCGUCCUUCCCCGGCACCUCCCUCGGCGUCACCGGGACCCGCCGCUCCGGCGGGUGGCGCCGGGGCGCUGCCGCGACCCGCCGCCGGCGCCGCCGCCUGGCCGGGGCGCAGAACCAUGGCUGCCGCGCUGGGAGGAGGCGCAGAUGAUGACUUUGAUCAGUUUGAUAAGCCUGGUGCAGAAAGGUCUUGGAGAAGAAGAGCGGGAGAUGAUGACUGGGACAGUGAACUUGAUGAUGACUUGCUCGGAGAGGACUUGCUAACUGGAAAAAAGAAUCAAUCAGACUUGUCAGAUGAAGAGCUGAAUGAUGAUCUUCUGCAAAGUGACAAUGAAGAGGAACAAGAAUUUCGCUCUCCAGGUGUCACAGUGAGCCUCAAUGCCACGUCUGGCAUGCUGGCAUCAUAUGAAAUCUCUGAGUCCAUCAAUGAUCCAUCGCUAGAGCAUGAGUCUGAGUAUGACCAAGGGGAAGAUGAAAUUGGUUAUGACAAAUCUGAAGCACCUGAAGAAUAUGCUUCAGAGUAUGCAGGGGAAGGACAUUAUGAAGGCAAUGAUCCUGAACUGACAGAAGACCAGAUAGAAUAUGGGGAAGAGCCUGGAGAAGAAGAUGAAGUGCUAGACCUUGAAAUCAAUGAACCCCUCGAUGAAUUUCCAGAUGAAGAUUACAUGCAAUCAUAUAAUGAGCAAGCAAUGGAAGAACAAGGAGAAUAUACAGCUGAUGAGGAGCUGGAAGAAUCCCAGACAAUGGCAAAUGAAUCAGAAGAGGCAGCAAUUGGAUCUCUGGAACUUCAAGAAGAAACAAAAGAAGAAUCUGACGAAGAGGAGGAUGAUGACGAAGAGUCCGGACGGUUACGUUUCAAAACGGAACGGAAAGAAGGAACAAUAAUUAGGCUCUCAGAUGUGACAAGAGAAAGGAGAAACAUUCCAGAAACUUUGGAGCUUUCUGCAGAAGCCCAAGCAGCAUUACGUGAGUUUGAAGAGAGGGAAAGGCAGCUUAAACAGGGACGAUACGGCUCCAGGAGAGGAGGGCGAAGAGGAGGCUCCAUUAUGUGCCACGGAAUGGGAGAACAAAGGAGAGACAAUAAUGAUAGGGGAAGAAUGAAGGAUCACAGGCCUGCACUGCUGCCAAACCAGCCAUCAACAAUGACUCAUUCACAGAGGUUAAUUCCAACACACCAGCAACCUGUUAUGAGUCUGUUCCAGCAGCAACAACAGCAACAACAACAACAGCAACAGCAGCAGCAACAACAGCAGCAGCAGCAGCAACAGUUACAAUCUCUGCUUCCUUUACAGCAUCAGCAUCAUUCUUCUCCUCCUCCAGGGCUUCAUAUGCCCCCUCCAAUAGAAACACCUCGAAUCAUGAUGACUCCACCUCCAGUGACACCUCAGCAACCGAAGAACAUACACAUAAAUCCACAUUUCAAGGGGACAGUAGUGACGCCUGUACAAGUGCCCUUGCUGCCAGUUCCCGCCCAACCAAGACCCGCUGUAGGACCCCAGAGAUUUCCUGGCCCUCCAGACUUCCAGCAGCAUACGCCUGGACCAGUUCCUACUAAUUUCUCCCAAGCCCCAAGGCUGCCAAUCCAGGACCAGUGGAGAGGGCCACCACCACCACCACCACCACUCCCUCCUCCACCUCCUCAGGAUAGAGAUCCUUUCUUCAUAGCAGAUCCAAGGUUCCCGGGUCAUCCCUUGUUUGAGCAACGCAGCCCCCCACCGCCACCCCCUCCUCCGCUCCUGAACAGCGCCCACCCGGUCCCUGCGCAGAGCCCGAUGCCGUUCAGCCAGCCCGGGCCGGCCUUCAGCCAGCAGGGACAGCAGCCCGUGUAUCCCAGGGAGCGGCCCGUGCGGCCCAACAUGCAGCCCCAGGGUCCGGUGGGGAUCCUCCACUUCAACCAGCCGGGCUCGGCCAACCCGCGGCCCUUCAUCCCCCCGCGGCAGCAGUUCCUGCAGGCGCCGGGACAGCCCUUCCUCUCCCCGCACACGCAGCCCAGCAUGCAGGGUCCCAUGCAUCCUCCAUUACAGCCUCAGCCACAACCUCAGCCUCAGCAGCACCAUCACCAGCAGCAACAGCAACACCAUCACCAGCAGCAGCAGCAGCAACACCAUCACCAUCUCCAAGGGCCUCCACAGCCCUUGAUGCCCAUGAACCAGCCCCAGUUCAGGCCUCACAUACAGGCCACACAGCAACAGCCAAAUAACAACAGGAUGCAGUGUCAGCCACGACAGGGUCCAAUGAAGCCAAGGCAUAGCACACCGUCACAGAAUAUUGUCAAGCGUUCAAAUCAGCAGCUACAGUCAAGUGCCCCCAGGAACAGUAACUUGCGCGAGUUGCCGAUAGCACCGUCCCAUGCCAUGGAAAUGAGCAACAACAGGCGAAACUCCACCCCAGCUGCUCAGGUCAAACCCAUCACCAGCACCGUGUCUGCCAACAAGUCUGUCGGUGGUGGAAACUCCCAGGGAAGGCCUGAAGCGAAAGCUAAAGCAAUCACACCAGUGGGCCAAGCAAAGUCAGAGGGAAAAUCUGAGCCAGAGUAUCCAGACGAAGAUGAAGAAACCAGGUUGUAUCGUUUGAAGAUAGAAGAGCAGAAGCGUCUAAGAGAAGAAAUUCUGAAGCAGAAGGAGCUGAGACGGCAGCAGCAGGCUGGUGCCAGAAAGAGAGAACUGCUGGAAAGACUUGCACAGCAGCAGCAGCAGCAGCCUUCCACACAGCAGUCCUACAUGCAGCACGAGGAUGACUCCUCCGAGUUCUCCACCAACGGCAGCCCCUACAUACCCCACUCCGGCUUGCACACCAGGCACAACGUGAAAAACAGACUCCUUGUUAGAAAGCAAGACACGGUAGUUCCAAAUAUCCAACCCAAACCCACAGAUUUCCUCCAGAGUGGAGUGGGGGAUGUGCAGUAUCAAGGACAGCAGAUGAAGCCAGUGAAGCAGCUGAGGCAGACUAGGACAGUUCCUCCGAGUCAGCCUCAGGCGCCGCAGAAAGUGUUACAGACAAAACCUGCUGCAGCGUCGCUGCCCGCGACACAGACGGCUCGAGUGGCUUCGGUACCAGCCAGGCCCCAGGAGCAGAAACCGGGUGUGAAAAGGACUGUCAUGCAGCGGACAAACAGUGGUAGUGAUGGGCCUCAUGUCGGCAGCAAAGUCAGGGUGAUUAAGUUGUCAGGAGGGCAGGGGGGAGAGGAUGCUGGCUUUUUUCACCCAGAGGGCCAGACCCAGCGGCCUCAACAACCCCCGGAGCCCAAACAGCAGCCAGUGCGGAAGGUCACUUUGACAAAGGGAAUGCAGCAGCACCAACAGCAGCAGCAGGCACAGAUCCAUUCACCAGCUCCUCAAGGAGUCAAAAACAUCCAGGGAAUCCAUCAACCUAAAAAGGUCAUUAUGCACGGCAGAGGCAGAGGAGUAGCAGGCCAGAUGGGCCGAGGACGCUUGAUGCCAAAUAAACAGAACCUGCGAGUGGUGGAGUGCAAACCUCAGCCCUGUAUUGUGUCAGUUGAAGGGCUUUCUUCAUCAACUACUGAUGUCCAACUGAAAAACCUGCUGAUGUCAGUGGGACCCAUUCAGAGUUUACAGAUGCUUCCUCAACAACGGAAAGCCAUAGCAAAAUUUAAGGAGCCAGCACACGCUUUAGCAUUUCAACAGAAAUUCCACAGGCACAUGAUAGAUCUGUCCCACAUAAAUGUGGCACUGAUUGUUGAGUGAUGUCUGCUGAGAGAAGCCCCAGCACUCACUGAGCCGUUCUGUGGAGCUACAUGAGACACAGUGGCAAAACCAUCGGGUUGUGAAACCUUUCAACUUAGUCUUUGGUUGCUCUGCUGAACUACAGAAAGCACGGAGAUGUCCUCCAGAAGAGAUGGGUUUGAGAGGAUCUGCAAAGGUGGAAUUUCUGUUUGGUUUCAUCACAUUCUGUUGUAACCACAUGGAGUUAGAGAUUAAUUUUUUUUUUUCAAAAUGCUUUCAAUGCAUGUAGACACUGUUCUUCAAGAUCCUACUGUGUGACCACAGUGACUUGAGAGAGAACGUUUACAGCGAAAGAUUGAAAAACUUUCUUCAUAGCAAAGAAUAUUUGAUAAUGGUUGCUCUUAUCUUCAGUGCGAGGUAUUUGAAUGAAAACUCAUUUUUCUAAACAAAACACAUUUAGUUGCAUUGUAUAUCUGAGAGCACAGAAGGUAUUCUUGCAUAGAUUUGAACGUGGUCUGUUUCACUGAAUAGCAGUUUGCUGAGAAGCUUUGGAGGUGACACUGGAAAAUUGUAGUUUCAAUCUUUGUGAAUAAGUCUGUCUUUGCAUUUUUCUAUUCCAACAUAGACUUCCAUCUUCUCUUUCCAAAUCCAGUUAUUCCAUAAAACCCUGUGUAGGAAUUACACUGCUGUAUUUUCCCUUGGUUUUUAGAAACAGGGAUCUUCACCCUUCAGCAGCAUCGUGGGGUAGUGAACUCCAGGUUGUAAUUAGGUUGUUUCGAAUAACAAGGAAAAAGAAGUAUUUGGUGGGUCACUCCAAAAAUGUUACGCAGGAGGAGUGGUGCAUUCCUGAUAGUUCUUUUGGGCUAGUGUGUCAUGGUUGCCUUAUGCUUUAUUUUGAUUAGUUUUUUUCUUUGAGAUUUAUUUUGUGAUUGAUGCUGAACCAUAAGAAACCCAUAACUGAAAGGACUUGUUUUGAUGUGCUGUUCCCAAUACGUGUAGGACUAUAAGGACAUUGUAAAUCUCUGAUGAACAUGUCAGAUCCCAAAAAUUCUUUGCAAACAUUAAGAAGCUUUUAUUUUACUCAAAGUGAAAUUCAUAAUAUUUCCUUUUGGUUAGAACCAUCUAGAUGGUGUUGCCAAAGGAACAAUUUUUUCAGUUACUUCUGAAUAAACUUAUUAAAAUGUCAUCUUUAUAUUGGAUUCCAGUUUUUAUGAACAUUUCCUUAGUUUUUAGACCAUGAGCUUUUGCUUCAUGCUUUAUUUUAAGAAUACUCUUAAGCAUUCCACCUACUAUUUGAAGGGGGGGCACUUACAGAAACCUUGUAGGUUUGUUACCUGAGUGACCGCAGAAGAACACUGUUGGUAUGUAAAGAAAGAGCUAUGAAUGGGGUCCAAAAUAGGUGUGCCAGGUGGAAAAGUUUGAGCUAAGCAAAUUUAUAGUACUGUAGAUUUUAAUUUUUUUAAAAUUUUUUUUUGAGUUAGUGGUAACGAAGUCACAAAUGCCUGAUUGGCUUUCUUACACUUUUGGUCCAGAUUUUCAAUUAAGUAUAAGUUACCAAAAAUAAUGAUUGAAUAAGUAUUGUCAAAAGUCUUCUAGGUAAACCUGCUCUCUGUUCACUGUAAUAACAUGAUACCUUUGGAAAUACUGUGCUGGGGAAAACGAUUGAGAGAAUACCCUAAGUCCAUUUACAACUUGAUAACGAGACACAGUAAUAUGAUGGGAAAUUUUCAUGAAAGUGAGGUUUACACCCAGCUGCGUCUUUCCCCAUUUAUGCAUAAUGCUUAAUAACAGCCAACACAGCUACUAUACAUAAAGUGCUAUUAGUGCUUCAGGGUAGACACAAGCCCAGGACAGAGCAUGAGCUGCAGGCAGGAAGCGCCCGGUGGGACCCGACCCCGAAGACCUGCAAACCCCAAGCUGUUUAACUCCUCACACCAUCAGCUCUAGGACCCUACACUGCCUCCCCAGGUUAUGUAAUUUUUAUUCUUAAGAAGUAAGUGCUUUUCUUUAAAACAAGUCAUUAAACAGUUACACUGUUAGGGAACAGCUUCUCUGCAAUGAGAAGAAUGGGAAGACAUCUCGAAGUGGAGUGAUAGCAGUGCGUGCCUGGAAAUCUGGGUUAGAUGCAAAUGUCAGACAGGCCAGCAGCUGAGUUCAGCAGUAGGAACAUCUGCAGUUGAUCAGCUGUCCUGUCAGAAGCAAAUCUUAUUGGGGUUAGAGGGUUUCUUGGAGCCUAAGAAUAUGGGUUUGAUUCAAAAGUCAAAGAAGUUUGGAGAAACACUCCUGCUUUGGGUUUUGAAUCCAUCCCAAAGAGGUUGAGGUUCAGCCAACUUAAGUUUUAAAAAUUUUUAUUCAGUGGGGUUUUAUAUUUUUUUUAAUUCUUUUUUUGAGACAAAUGUGUGGCUUUGGAAUAAAGACAUGAAAUGGCCUCAGAUCUAUUUAAAUGUAGGAGUGGCAUAAGCAAUGCCUGUUUAAUGUCUAGAUGCAUCCUCUUUAACAGCAGUUGCAGUAGAUUACUGCUUGUGCAUAGGCAGGAUAUGGGUGGAUUGCUGGGGUUUAAUUUAGCUGCUUACUGCAGUACCUGGAUAUUUACUGUAUGUAAACAUACUAUAUGUAUGUAUGUCUGUAUUUGUUCUAUUAUACACAUACAUACAUACUCACACCCUCUGCUGUCACUGUGUCUCUCUAAAAUCUUAAAAAAACUCAGUAGCAAAAGUAGCAGUUAGGUGAGUCAUUUGUUAAAAUGUUUGUGUUCUCUUAGUUCUCAAAUCCUAAGUUAAAACUGGAUCUCUUGGCAUUGAUCAGUUUGGAUGAUACAGCUCUUUUAGAUCCAUUUGUUGUCUCCUCCCAAAAAAACCCCAAAGAAAGUAGAGGUAAAGCUAGAAAGAAGUGUUCUUGCCGUGUUCUCUUCCAGCACAUAGAUAAAUCUGAGCAUCUUAAGUUAACUUUCUUGGAAGAUCUGUUGCAACCAUUAUCUUGUUCUUUCUUUAUCAUGAACUCACAAUAUGAUGCAAAAUGGAAAGAAAAAAAGGCAUUUAAUGUAGUAUGUAAAUAUUGACCUUUUAAAAUUAAAAUGUUACUCAAAGUGCUUACAGUCAACCACAUCUUAGCUAUUUGUUAGUUUUUUUGUGUUGUCUUAUCCAAAUUUAAUGGAUACAGUUCCAUAAAUGUUGAUGUGUUUUUGUGUAUAUCUUCAAAUUUUUAUAAAGAUGAUAGUAAGUCAAUACAUAUAUCCUGAUCUGUGUAUUAUUUGUUCAGUUUUUAUUAGCAUAAUUUUAUAAUUAUUUUAAUAGGCAACUCCAGUAGGUGAUUAUAUGAAGCCGGUUUGGUUUUUUCCCCAAAUUAUUUUGUUUCCAUCUUGUAGCACUGGAAAAUUCACUUUAUAACUAAUCAUAUUUUGCCUUGACUAAAAGAUUGGAUUACCCAUAUGAUCUGUGGUAUAUUAGUAGAAUGUUCUACUUCUGUUUUAUUAAAAAAAAGCCCUAAGACAA